AUGGCUCCCAAAUUCAAGGAGGGAGACGUGGUCUUCUCUUUCAACGGACGAUGGAUAUCCUAUGUCCAUACAGCCUUAGCUUACGUCGCAUUUUUGGGGGCAUUGUUCGUGGGAAUGUGGCUUCACUAUCACAAGAUCGUGGAGAAUGAGCAUUAUGGCUACCCUGACGAAUGGUUCCCUUCAGUUUCGGCAACCAUUGGUGAUCGCUACCCCGAGCGCUCGGUUUUCAUGGUUGGCAUUGCUCUGACAUCUGGCCCGAGAUUUGCGCUGGUUUCUUUAUACUAUUUUCUUACUGCUCGGCCCAACUCCUCCUUGCCGAAGAUUGUCUUCUGGGUUGGUGUAUUCCGAACAUUGACAUGUGGUGGAUGGACCUAUGUUACCUCCACGGAUGACCACAACUGGCACGACAUCUUCAUGAUCAGCUAUCUUGUCGCGACUUUACCUUGGACUUUGGGAUGUCUGGCCCUAAGCCCUCCAAAUCCCAUAUCUGUUAAGUACAGGAAGAUUCUGGCUGGCCUUUUCUUUGGCACUCUGGUGCCACUCAUCUACUUCUUUAUUCAGCACAAGGUGCAUAAGGUUGCUGGCGCCUACACAAUCUAUGCCUUCUUCGAGUGGGCACUUAUCCUUUUCGACGUUGGCUUCGAUGCCGUCACAGUUUACGACUUUUCCAGCUUUGAGAUCGUGGUUCGGGACGUGAAAGGCCUGAGCAGAGGAGACCAGAAACUACUGAAAGAUGAUAUCAAAGAGAAAGAGCGCAAUCAGCCAGUAAUACAAGCCUCGACAUUCGAUGGGCCAUACAACUGGUAUAACCUCUCCAUUGCUCUGGCAGAUAUCUACAAUGGCUUUGUAUUUUGGUCUGUGCUCACUUCGCUUGGUUUGUUAGUAUGGUAUUUUCCACUCUGGCACAUGGGUAUUUCCGGUUACGAAGUCGCUGUCAUGUCAACUCUUUCACCAUUGCUUUUGGGCAUCCCACAAAUUCGAGUACUAGCAAUCAAGUACAACCGAUGGCUUCAUUACUCUUCGGUAAUUCCUGGUCUGCUUGCCUGGCAAGUCAGUGACCAAGUGAAUCGUCUUGGUAUGGUAUCUCUGGCAGUUUGGCAGGGUAGUAUGGCUUGGACAGCUAUGUGGUUCGCCGAAAGAAACGACUCUGGAAGGUUACAAGCACGAGUAUUGGCCUGGAUGGUGGGCCUAGUACUUUCGAGUAUUGCCAAAUUCGCAUGCUACAGUAACAACCCUGUCUGGCCUGUCAUGAAGGCCGAGAACGGUGGGUGGAACUGGACUGGCUUCUUGUUAGCGAUUCCUGCCGUUUGGCAUGCGACAAGGCCAGUAACCACCAGUGGAGGGGAUCUCGUCGCUCGUCAGGUAAAGCGCGGUUCGGGCUUGAUGGCAGGCGUGGGUUUUGGCGGACUGAUGUUCGCAUUACAUUCCUUGCUAUCGGAUUCGAGCACCAUGAUCUCUUGGACAUGGACUGGUUAUCCUGUCAAUGGUCCACAACAAGUCCCACAUGGAGCCGUGACCAUUCUUGCCAUGGCAGCCGGCCUGCUGAUUGGUGUUUCUUCUCCGAAGAUUCUGGGGUCGUGGACGGCAUACGGCAUUGGGUCUGUUGGUGCUAUGUUCUUGACUUACUAUCAGGAUUGGACAGGCUACUACGGAGGUCUUGUCUUUACCGUCUAUGUUUGCGGCGUAGCUCCUGAACUGAUCAAGUCAGCUGUCCAACACAAUCCAGCAGUGGCCUUUGGGUUCGGGUUCUUCAUUUACAACUUGAUGGUUCUCUUCCACGUCUGGGUGGUGGCCUAUGCCUUUGUGCCAGGAGGACCUCUGGUCCGUGAACAUACGGAUUGGGUCAUGAUUAGCACAAUGCUACAGAUCGGCAACGGUGUUUUCUCUGCUUUGACCACUAACUCACACUCCGGAGAAAGAGCUGCUAAGGUACCACGAGGACGAAAGCAAAUAGCUUACUAUCUUCACAUACUGUUCGUGUUACAGCUCCUCGCCAUGUCACUUGCUUAUCUGAGGUUUCCAACCAACAACUACCAACCAUUCCAUCCAGAAGAAAAAUCCUUGACUGCAGGCAUCUGGACAAUUCACUUUUCCUUGGACAAUGAUAUGUGGUCAUCAGAACGACGAAUGGCCCAAGCAAUUCGAGAGCUCGAGAUCGAUGUUAUCGGCUUGCUUGAGUCAGAUACGCAGAGAAUCAUCAUGGGCAACAGGGACACCAUGCAGUACCUCGCGGAAGAUCUCGGCAUGUACGUCGACUACGGCCCUGGUCCGAAUCUUCACACUUGGGGAGCGGCACUCUUGUCUAAAUUCCCAAUCCUCAAUUCGACACAUCACUUGUUACCUUCACCAGUGGGUGAGCUAGCACCCGCUAUCGAGGCAACACUGGACGUAUACGGCACUCAGCUCGAUGUCUUCGUCUUCCAUUCUGGACAAGAGGAAGAUCCAGAAGAUCGGAGACAACAAUCCGAAUACCUAGCACGAAUCAUGGCUGCCACACCUCGUCCAGCGAUCCUGCUGAGUUACUUGAUCGUCAAGCCUGGAGAAGGUAAUUAUCACACUUACUCAGGGCCAAAAAGCGGCAUGCACGACAUCGACCGUAGUGAUUGGGAUAGGUGGUGUGAGUACAUACUAUACAAGGACAUCAAGCGCACGGGAUAUGCCCGUGUCAGCAGGGGCACAAUCACAGACACUGAGAUUCAGGUCGGUAAAUUCGUUGUUGGACAGCCUGCUGACUACAGCGACACAAGGAUAUCGGAAGAUCAAGUAUCACCCGGACUGAGGUUCCCUGCCAUGUUCAGGGCUGAGGGCGUUCGUGGUCACCGGUACCACGUCUUUGACGAACCUAGAUAUUUUGCAUGA